AUGCGAAUUUUCAUUUUGCUUCAUUUGAAGGGGAUGAAAAGGUCUGCUAGGUUUCGAAAUCUUUUGGUAAUUCAUCAAGUCCUUGUCUCAAUCGUACUAGACCUUCCUACAAAAAAUUUCAGGUUGCGUACAGGUUUUGAUCGAGAAGGCCGACCAAUCAAAGUUGAUGCCUCAGGUUGGCAGGCCCGCAUUUUGCAGUAUAAAUGUGACCAUCUAGAAAGAAUCCUCUAUGUUGGCAAGAUGGUCCCCAGAACAUUCAAGGUUGUAGAGAACUUGAGCUUACCUCUCCCUGCUGGGAGCCAUUUUUUAGGGAACCUGUUGGGUUCCAUAUCCCCUUGGUGA